GUUUUCUUUUUCAUUUGAGGCUACAAAUAAAAGUGCCUUCUUACUUACUUUUUUUGUUAAAAGAAACCAAGAUCGCGUAAUGACUUAUCACAAAUAUGUGGUUACUGCACAAAAACCUACAGCGACUCAAUUUGCUGUGAAAGGCUCCUUUACUUCACCUUUUGAAACUAAUUUAGUACUUGGUAAAGGGACACGUAUCGAGAUAUACACCUUGACUCCCGAUGGGUUGAAACCUACCAUUGAAUUCAGUAUUUACGGUACCAUCAUUGCCCUGAAAUUAUUCACACCCAAAGGUCGGGAUAAAGCUUCGCUCUUCUUAAUCACAGCACGACAAAAGUAUUGCAUAUUGUCGUUUGAUUCAACUCAACAAAUUGUGACUGAAUCAACUGGAGAAAUUGGAUUUCCAGGCCAACCCCAUAAUGAAUGUGUCGAAUCAAAGCUGGUCAUUGAUCCAUCCUGCAAAUAUUUUGCAACCACCCUUUACGAAUCUACUAUAACCAUAAUCAUGCCUGAUAUCAAUCGAACUAAAGAGCAUAGCACACCACAACCAUUACGUAAAAUAUCACUUCGAACAAAAGACGGUAGAAGGCGCCAGACUCAAGAUUUGAUAUUUCAGCAUCCACACGAUUACAUGAAUAUUAGUCUACCUGAUAAAAAGGUGAUCUCUUUGGCAUUUUUACAAGAUUCUUUGAUAGAACCUGUAUUGUUGAUUCUAUACGAUGAUUCCUUGGGCCGGCGUUAUCUUCAAACAUUUACGGUGAAUUUGAAGACACGCCAAUUGAUACCGGGAGAUAUUGUUAUGGAUCACUUUGAAUCUGAUGCAAAUCUAUUGAUUUCAAUGCCUGCUGCUGUUGGUGGUGUCGUCUUAAUUGCUGGAAAAUUUAUUCGAUACCUAAAACCUAACCAACCUCCUAUAGCUAUUGGAAUUAGACCAUCGACCAUAAAUAGCUUCUCAGUUAUGAAUGAGCAAGGAUCUAGAAUCCUGUUGGGGGAUGCGGAAGGGUUAUUACAUUUGUUAACAUUGAGUAUCACAGAUAAUCGUGUGGAUGCGUUAUGCUUUAUUGGUUUAGGAAGUAUUUCUACGCCAUCAUGUAUAGUGUAUUUGGAUAACGAUGUUGUGUUUAUUGGAUCCACUGUUGGAGAUUCACAGUUAGUACAUGUUAAAAGGACUGAAACUAGCACAGCAGAAAAUGGAGAAAUCUUGGAAGUCAUCGAUGAGUUUCCCAACUUAGGACCCAUUAUAGAUUUCUGUGUCGCAGAUCUUGAUAAACAAGGGCAAACACAGCUUAUAACUUGUUCAGGAGUUGCAAAGGAUAGCUCAUUACGAAUUAUUCGAAAUGGUGUUGGGUUAAAUGAAUUAGCUGCGAUAGAGAUUAGUGGUGUAAAAGGCGUGUGGGCAUUACGACCUUUAUUCAAUGAUGAACAUGAUGAUAUGUUGGUCAUCUCGUUCGUCAACCAAACUCGAUUAUUACAACUACGGGGUAAUGCAAUGACUCAACUGGAUCAUCAUUCAGGUAUAGAUUUGAACAGUAGAACAUUGGUAGCAGCCAAUGUAUUGGGUGAUAUGGUCAUUCAGGUGACUGAUUGUAGUGUAAGAUUGAUGGAUGCAAAUGGUGACGGUCAUCUGUUGGAUGAAUGGGUGCCGGAAGAGCGUACUCAAAUCACCGUGGCUAGUGUAAAUCCAACUCAGUGUGUAAUUUCGAUCGGUUAUGGAAGACUAAUUGCGCUUCAGAUUCUGAACAAACGAUUACAUUUGAUUGGCACCACACAACUUCAAAAUGAAAUAUCAUGCAUUGAUAUCAGUCCCAUUGAUUCUGAAACCCCAUUUCAAUCGACUGUCGUGGCUGUUGGUAUGUGGCAAAAUGUUGGAGUAUGUUUAAUUGCGUUGCCUAGUCUCCAAUUGAUCGCCGAAGAAACGCUUGCUGGUACGGUGAUGCCACGUUCUAUUCUAAUGGCUAAGUUUGAAAAUAUUUGCUACUUGUUAGUGGCACUGGGUGAUGGACAGUUUUACAACUUUAAAUUAGACACACGAUUAGGCGAAUUAUCAGAUAAAAAGCGAUCAUUUUUAGGCAAAUUACCUAUUCAUUUGGGCACUUUUACAUCUAAUGGCACAACACACGUCUUUGCAGCCUCCGAUAAGCCUAGUGUUAUCCAUAGCCGCAACAAGAAGCUGAUUUAUUCGAAUGUCAAUUUAAAAGAGGUUCGAUGCGUCACCUCAUUUAAUAGUUUAUCCUUCCCCGAUGCAGUGGCCUUAACAACCAAGGAUAGUUUAAUCAUUGGACAAAUGGAAGAGAUUCAAAAACUCCAUAUUACAAAAAUACCCACAAUUGAUACUCCUCGACGUAUAACAUAUCAGGAAACUUCGAGAUCUUUUGGUGUAGUAACUGAAAGAAUAACAUCUGAUCCUUAUACCGCCUUGACAACCACGGGCGGAUUCGAAGUACUCGAUGAUCAGACUUUCAAAGUUCUUGAUAGAGUUUAUUUUAAGCAGUUUGAACGACCUCUUGCUGCUACUUCGAUGGCAUUUGAAAAUGACAAUAAUGAGUAUUUUGUUGUGGCGACAGGAAAGGACACAGACGAAUUUGAAAAUGAUAGCGUAGGACGCAUUCUUGUGCUUCAAGUGACUUCACUACGUACGUUAAGAUUAGUGUGUCAAAUAAAAACGGAUGGCAUGGUAGACUAUAUAAGACCAUUCAAUGGAAAAUUAUUAGCAAGUGUGCGAGGAAUGAUUCAUGUUUAUAGAUGGGAACUACAGAUAGGAAGAGGGACGCUUAUAUCCAUAUGUUCCAAGAGACUACCUUCAAUAACUGAAUCCAUAGCUACAUACAAGGAUAUAAUUAUCACAGGAGAUAUGGCUUAUUCUGUGGUGGCUUUACGUUAUGAUGCGAAGACAGAAAGUUUGGUUGAAAUAGCUGCACACGAAAGACUAAAAGAAGUUCUUGCGAUUGAGGCUGCUGAUGAAAACUUAUACAUUGCAGCAGAGAGGGAUGGACAUUUAUUUGUUGUAGAGAAGUGCCACGAAGAAGGCGUUAACGACGAACCCAUUUUAGAAACAGUCAGUGUGUGGCAUCUGGGCGAUGUUAUCCGAAAGUUUAGAUUCGGAUCUUUGGGAAUGAAUAAUGCAGAUCCUGACGGCAAACCCGAAGCACCAACACUUAUUUUUGCUACAGCAAGUGGGGCUAUUGGUCUAAUCGCAGAUUUAACGGCGGAUCGGUUCAAACUCCUGGACCAAAUGCAGUAUAAUAUGACCAGAAUUGUGAAAAGCAUUGGGGACUUAAGCCAUACUGAUUGGCGAAGCGUUUCUAUAAUGGAUAGAAAAGACGAAGCCGUUAACUUUAUCGAUGGUGACCUGAUUGAAAGUUAUUUAGACUUGACCCCACAGCAAAUGCAAGAAGUCGUAGAUGGACUUUAUGGAGGGCGUAAGCUAGAUAAAUCUGUGGAGGACCUUUGUAAAGUUGUUGAGGAAUUAAUGAGUGCUCAUCCUUAAAAGUAUAUUAUGCAUAUAACAAAAUUGCUGUAAAUAAACCCACCUGCUAGAUACAUAAGACUGAGUAUGUAUAUUUCAUUGUGAAUAUAUUUUAGAUCAAAGCGAGAAGAAAUUUGGCAAAAAGCAAUUCUACUUUCACCUUAGAUUAUGUCUUAGGUUUUUUACCUUCCUAUUUUAGGUUGCUAUAAUUUUUUUUGUUUAAUAGGAAGAGAAAUUAAAACUAACAAAAACGCACGUUAUCUUGUUGUAAAAAGCUGCUUUGACUGGAUGUCAUGAUUCUUUAAAACGUUGU